AGCCAGCCUUGCGGGGACUCUGCCCAAGGAGGGACAGUAAGGGUUUUUGAGUACCAAGUCAGUAACCCUGACUGCCAGCAGCGGCUCCUCUUGACCCGGAGGCCGGUGAACACCUGACAACAUUCCCCUCCAUACAGCGCAGGGGCAGGGGCAGAUUAACCCUCCAUGCGGAAGGAGGAGUGGAGGUGGAGGCGGGACAGUGGCUGGCCCCUGGUCCAGGUCUUGCAGAGCCCUCCCCAUCUGGGGUGGGGUUGAAGCAAGUCACUCAGGGGCAGCUUCCCAGCUGGUGCUCCCGAGACCCUCAGCUCCCCAAUACCCUGAUGUCCUCCUCCUUCCUCCCAUUGUCCAUGGAUGGAAAAGGGACCAACGGUUCCUCCGGGGCUGAGCUCUCGUCUCCUGGUGCUCCUGCUCCCCUACGCCCCCCCCUCGGCCAGGGCUGCAGCCUGACGGGGCACUGGGCCCCUGUGCCCUGUGAGAUGGGCGCUGCCACCCUUACUCUGCAGGUGACGAAUGGAGGCGAAGUGAAUUGCAGUGUCACACGGCAUUUGAGUCCUGGACAGCGCCCAGGACUGGUCCGACCACCGCUAGAUGCCACCAGGGGGGCUCUGCCUGUCCCCCACCCCAGCAGACAGGCAGCAGGCCCAGUCCCAUCCAAGCUAGGUGGAGACCCCUGGUCCAUACCCUCCUGGGCUUCCCUCUGAGUUGUAUCCAACCCACCCAGCAACAGCUGCUCUCAGCAAGCCUCCUGGCCUCACCUGCACUCUCUUCCCUCCUCUCCUGCCUCUUGCCUUCCUUUUUUUGUGAGACAGAUCUUGCUCUGUCGCCCAGGCUGGAGUGCUGUGGCGCAAGCUCAGCUCACUGCAACCUCUGCCUCCUGGGUUCCAACAAAUCUCCUGCCUCAGCCUCCCAAGUAGCUGGGAUUACAGGCACCCAUCACCACGCCCAGCUAAUUUUUAUAUUUUUAGUAGAGAUGGGGUUUCACCACGUUGGCCAGGCUGAUCUCGAACUCCUGACCUCAGGUGAUCUGCCUGCCUUGGCCUCCCAAAGUGCUGGGAUUACAGGUGUGAGCCACUGUGCCCAGCCGCCUUCCUUUAAAAAAAAAAAAAAAAAAACCCCAAAAACCUGAGGUCUUGCUCUGAGGCCCAGGCUGGGGUAAUUGCAGUUCACUGCAGCUUCAAUCUCCUGGGCUCAAGCAAUUCUUCCUCAGCCUCUGGGGCGCCAGGACCACAGGCAUGAGCCACUGCACCGGGUGUUCUUGGCUCCCUCGAAGCAUCCCUCAUGUUCCCGUCUCAAGGCCUUGGCGGGCUCUUUCCCUGUCUUGCUGAUGUCCCAGGCCCACCCCACCUUUUCCCUGGCCCUGCCAUGUGCAGGAGGCAGGGCUGUCACUCUUGCUGCCUCCACACCUCAGGGGAGGCUGUGAGCCAGGGUGGCCAAUCAGAGCACAGCAACCUCGGGCUACAGGAACUGGUGCAGAGUUGGAGACAGGAACCAAUCAGAGACCUCACUGAGACCCUCCUGCCAUGGCCUGGUCAAGGAGUUGGUGAGUCUCACUCUCCCAAGACACCUUCCCUGCCACGUGGAGAAGGCUGUGCACACAGGGAAACCAACACAGGAGGGCCGCCAGCCAUAACGGAGACAGACACAGGGACCAAGAGACUGAGACAGCCUCUAGAUGCUGAAGCCUGCGCUGAAGCAGUUGGGCCGUGAGAGGUUCUUCCUACUGGAGGAGACUCCAGGGCUUUGCAUUUCUCCAACUCCCUGCUAAGGUUCUGAGCCAUUUGCAAGUUUGUGCCCCCAUGUGUGCCUGAGGGCCGGGGGCACCUGUGCAUAUGCUCAAGGGCUUUCUGUGCACACAUGGCACCUGCAGUGCGGUCCCAGCCAUUCCUCAGCUCACAUCUUUGCAUGUGAGUGGUUCUGGUACCACUUGUCUGCCCAGCGCCCUGGUGCCUAUCUGCUGCCUCAUGUGAGCUCGCUGGGCCACCCUCUGACUGCUGGACCCACCUCCAGAGGCCACUCAGGGCAAGAGAGAUGGAUCCCAAUACCCCACCCAGCCAGCCCCAGCCCCCUAUGGUCUGCCACCUUCAAUUCAACCUCCUCACUGUGGCUGCAGCUGUGAUCUCAUCCUUCCUGUCUCAUUUUAAUGCCACCUUUUUCAGGAAGCCUCCCCUGACCAGGAAGCCAAGUGGCCUCACUACCCUCUCCACACAGCACAAUCUAGGAAUGGCCUGCCCAGGUGGAGCAGCAGUAGUCAAAGAGGCUCCAUUGCUGCCCCAAGUCCUGGCCGUCCAGCACUCUGGACUCCCCUGAGGCCCCACCAUCAGGAGAGGGAGCCCCAGCCUCUGGGCCCUUUCAGGCUUGGCUGUGGCCCUGAGCGCCAGGGGUGAAGUUUGCUGAGCCUCACCUGGCUCUCUGCAUUUAUGGUGGAGGCGGGGAUGGGGGCCGAGCCAGACACUCAGGGGUGAAGCCCAACGCAGCCCAAUCAGUCAAACUGCCUCCUUCCCACUGAGAAGCAAGACAAGGGGCAAAACAGUUGUGACCCGCAAGUAUCCCGUUUGUUCCUGGUUGAGGACAUGUGAGUCCAGCAAGGGGCAGCCAAACUCCAGGAUCGUGAGGACCCACCCUCCCCAUCCUAGGCUGGGCCAGCACCACAGAGCCACUGAGCACAGGGACCUCUGCUCAAGGCGAUCCCUCCAAGAGUCUCACUCUGUCGUCCAGGCUGGAGUGGAGUGGCACAAUCUCGGCUCACUGCAACCUCUGCCUCCCAGGUUGAAGCAAUCCGGCCCCAGCCUCCCGAGUAGUUGGGAUUACAAGUGUGCACCAUCACAUUCGGCUCAUUUUUGUAUUUUUAGUAGAGACAAGGUUUCACCAUGUUGUCCAUGCUGGUCUUGAACUCCUGACCUCAAGUGAUACUCCAUCCUCAGCCUCCCAAAGUGCUGGGGUUACAGGCGUGAGCCACCGUGCCCAGCCAACUAUCUGCUUUCAUCUACCAUCCGUCAUCUGUCUAUUGAUCAACUGUCCUUCUACAAAAUACUAUCCUCUAUCAACCCACCACCCAUCAUCCACCAUUCAUAACACACCACCCAUCUAUCCCCAUUCACCAUCCACCAUCACCUUCCAUCCAUCUACCAUCCAUCAUCCACCAUCCAUCUAUCCCCAUUCACCAUCCACCAUCACCUUCCAUCCAUCUACCAUCCAUCAUCCACCACCCAUCUAUCCCCAUUCACCAUCCACCAUCACCUUCCAUCCAUCUACCACUCAUUCAUUCACCAUUCAUUUAUCCACCGUCCAUUCAUGCAUACAUCCACCAUCCAUCUAUCCACCAUUCAUCCAUCCACCAUCCACUCCCACUAUCCAUCCACCAUCUAUCCAUCCACACAUUCACCAUCCACCCAUCCACAACCUACCAUCCAUUCAUCCACCAUUCACUCAUCCACCAUCCAUUCUCCACCAUCCAUCUACCCAUCCAUCCCUCUGCCCAUUCACAUAUCCACCAUCCACUCAUCCAUCAUCCACAAUUCACUCAUCCACCGUCCAUUCAUCCAUCCACCCAUUCACACAUCCACCAUCUACCAUCCACCAUCCCUUCAUCCACCAUCCACCCAUCAUUCACUCACCCACCAUCCAUCCAUCCACCCAUCUAUAUGUCCAUUCACCCAUUCACCAUCCACUCAUCCACCACCCACCAUUCAUCUAUCAUCCCUCAUCCACUAUCUACCAUCCACCAUUCAUCCAUCCACCCAUUCACCAUCCACCAUCCACCAUCCACCCAUUCACCAUCCACCAUCCACUUAUCCACAAUCUGCCAUCCACCAUUUGCCAUUCAUCCAUCCAUUCAUCCACCACCCAUCACCAUUCACAUCCACCAUCUGCCAUUCACCAUCCACCAUCCACCAUCCACCUAUUCACCAUCCACCAUCCAUCCAUCCACCCAUCUAUAUGUCCAUUCACCCAUUCGCCAUCCACUCAUCCACCAUCCACCAUUCAUCUAUCAUCCCUCAUCCACUAUCUACCAUCCACCAUUCAUCCAUCCACCCAUUCACCAUCCACCAUUCACUCGUUCACCACCCAUCCUUCCAUCCACCCACCAUCCACCACCCACCAUCCACCAACCACUAUCCGUCUUACCAUCCACCAUCCACCAUCUAUCAUCCACUAUCUACCAUCUGCCACCCAUCCAUCCACUUAAUAUUCACCAUCUACCCAUCACCAUUCACUUGUCCAUCAUCCACCACCCACCAUCCAUCAUCCACCUACCAUCCAUUAUCUACUUAUCUACCAUCCAUUACCCAUCCAUUUAUCAUCCUAUCCACCAUCUACUAUCCACCCAUUAUCCACUAUCCACUAUCUAUUCACUAUCCACCAUCUAUUCACUAUGCACUGUCCAUCUCCAUCCACAAUUCACCAUUUAUGCAACCAUCAUCCACCAUCUAUCCAUUUACCAUCUACCUAUUCACCAUCCACCAUCCAUCCAUUCAGCAUUCAUCACUCACCAAACAUCCACCAUUUAACACCCACUUUUUUUUUUUUUUUUUGAGAUGGGGUUUCACUCUUGUUGCCCAGGCUGGAGCACAAUGGCGUGAUCUCCGCUCACCACAACGUCCGCCUUCUGGGUUCAAGCGAUUCUCCUGCCUCAGCCUCCCAAGUAGCUGGGAUUACAGGCAUGUGCCACCAUGCCUAAUUUUGUAUUUUUAGUAGAGAUGGGGUUUCUCCAUGUUGGUCAGGCUGGUCUCGAACUCCCGACCUCAGGUGAUCUGCCCGCCUUGGCCUCCCAAAGUGCUGCGGUUACAGGCAUGAGCCACCGUGCCUGGCCAACACCCACUCUUUAUGAUCUACCUGUCGGCCAUGUAUCCAUUUAUGCCAUUAUCCAUCCACCACUCCC